AUGUCCCCCUCACCCAACAAAGCCGCCAUCCUCCGCCUCCUCUCCAACACCACCGACCUCUCCACCGUCCGCGAAAUCGUCGCCCCCGGCGCAACCUACGUCUCCCUCGCGUUCGAAAACCCCGACCUCAAAGCCAUCGAGCCCUGGUGCGGCAUACAUAAAAACGUAGGCCCGGAAGGGGUCCACGAAGUUUUCGUGCAGGUGAACCGGGCGUGGGAGGUGGAGGUGUUUGAUAUCCACACGGCGCUUGCGGACGGGGAGACGAAAGAGGUUGCUGUGUUUGGGAGGUUUCGGUUUGUGUCGAGGGGGUUGGGCAAGGUUACGGAUUCGCCUUUUGCGGUUUUGGCGAGGUUUGGGAGGGACGGGGAGGAGGAGGGGAAGGUGGUUUAUAUGCAGUUUUUGGAGGAUACGUUGAGCACGGCGGGGAGUUUGAGAUAG